AUGUCGACCCUCAGCAUCACCAGCCAGCUAUGGGACCUCAUGAGUCUGUUAACCCUCUUGUUCCGAAAGACAACAAAAGAAUACGAUGAUGGUUCCAUCGCUGCCUUAGAAAGGAUAUCAACAUAUGGAGAUUCCAUCAAAGACAUUUAUGGCCCUUUCCUAUUCAUCGUUGUCUCUCUCCAUUAUAGCGGUGUUUCAUACUCUUUCGAUCCUCGAUGUCCUAGCUGCUCUCCUCCAAUAAUCCAUUUCAACUAA